AUGGAUGGAUGAUGGAUGAUGGAUGGAUGAUGGAUGGAUGGAACUUAAGCAAAAUAAACAAACUAUUGACCAAUCGAUGGAAAUGGACAGAAUCAGCUGAUUAAACAGGUAAAGUUGGAGACAAAACUCUUGAUUGUUUCAGUGUUUCUGCAUCGUCUUUGGAGCAUAAAGAAGUUCAGCCUGAUGCUGUCCACAGGAUUAAACUAAACGCUUCAUUAUCGAUACUUUGACACCAUUUCUCCAUAAUGUGAUGAAUGAAACUGCGUAGCGGAAAACCUGAUUGUUUGUGAAAGCGUCAUUUUCUUGACCCAACGCUCGAAUGAAUGAGACAAACGGCCAGAGUGAGCAGAGCGUCCUUCCACUGUGACUCAACAGCUGCUCUGAGGGUUCUGAAAGUUUCCUAAAAGACGAGCACAGUCAUCCUCCUUCUCUAGUGAGCUGCAGCGGCGCCGAUUUGACCCAGAAAAGCUGCAGCUUGACUUUAUCUUCACCCGAGGUCGAGAGCCAAACUGGGUCAGCGCUCGAGUCUCGACAUGCAGCUGGUUCCUCGCGGUUCACAGAGGAGGUUCAAAGACGUUCAGGACUGGAGCCGGAAACGCAGGUGAUGACAUCAUCACAGGAAGUGUGACCCCCACGGGCUGGAUAAAAAGGAGUCCAGAGCAAAGACGGUUCAGUCUGAGCAGGAGUCGAGGUAGCCUGAUCUCCAUCUGAGCCCUGGAAGCCUUCAGCUGGUUCCUACACUGAUUUAGCAGCAUGGUUCUAGGAACGACCUCCUGCAGAGCCACGGCUCCUCUGGUCAUGAUGAUGAUGAUGAUGAUGAUGGCGGCGACAGAGACGGCGGCCGUCCCAAAGGGGUCAAAGACGGUCCAGCUGCUGUUGGACCCGAGCGCCCUGGUUCCCAGCAGAAUCUUCCGUCCGCUGCAGAACGUCUCCAUCUCACCGUGGACGUACAACACCUCCAGCGACAGCUCUCUGCUGAUGCCGGCGCUGUCCGAGGCCCGGUGUCUGCUGCGCGGAUGCCUGAACCUGGAGGGGAAGGAGGACCUGAGCCUGGAGUCCAGACCCAUCAUGCACCAGGUUCUGGUGCUGCGCCGGGUCAGGGCCGCCGGGGCGGGCCACAGCUACCACUAUCACCUGGAGUCCCGCCUCAUCGCGGUGGGCUGCACCUGCGUGAAGCCCGUCGUCCAGGUCCAGCAGUGAGGAGUCACUUCCUGUUGGAACCGUUCGUCUGACCGCCGGCGGCGCCGGAUCCAAUGAUGGCGUUUAUGAUCACGUUGAAUAAAACGACCCUGUUACUGGAAGCUGACCCCACAGUCAGAGCUCAGAUGAAAGGUUCGGUGAAAGCGGCGCCGCUCUGGGGUUUCCGGCGGUUUCCUCGUUUCUUUGAUUGACAUCUUUUCAUCUGUAGCAAAACCACAGAACGACUACAGACUGACACGCUUCAUGUUAUUUAUGGUUCCAGUUUAUUUAAUGAUCUUCUAUAAAACAAGUAUUUAUGUUCACUGAUGUAUUUAUUUCCAGAGAGUCAA